AUGUCGUUCGUCGAGAAGCUUCCUCCGGGCACGCAGCGCAUUGAGGAUGACACGGGCAAGAAUAUCUUACUCGCGCCCCAGCCCAAUGCUGAUCCUAACCAGCCUCUGAACUGGAGCAAGGUCCGAAAGAGUAUCCAUAUGGUCAUUCUUUGCUUCUAUGCACUGAUGGUUUUUGCAACUCUUUGCGUCGCGGUUCCUCUCUGGCAACUCUUCAACACCGAGCUUGGGAUCAGCUAUGCCGAUCUCAAUAACACCUACGCCUCCAACAUGGCAGCGCUGUCGGUCGGAUGUAUCAUUUUCAUUCCAUUUGCGCUCCGACUUGGACGGCGGCCUGUUUACAUUGUCACCGUGCUCAUCAUGCUUGCUUCUGCAAUCUGGCAGGCCAAGAUGAACACGGUGGGAGAUAUGAUCGGCAACAAUGUCAUCAUGGGAAUCGCAGGUGCGGUCAACGAGGCGCUGUUUCAGGUCACGGUUGCCGACCUCUUCUUCGUCCACCAGCGUGGAACGAUGAAUGGUAUCUACCUCGUGCUGGUUGUCACUGGUAACUACUUUGGCCCUGUCGCCGCGGGCUACGUCGCUGUGUCGUCGCAAGGCUGGCGUUGGGUAUUCUGGUGGUGCACUAUCUUCCUGGCGAUCUGCAGUGCCGCCAUGGUCUUCUGCCUCGAAGAGAGCAAAUACGUCCCAAGCGUGAUCGAGGGCCGCGACGUGACGGCACCAACGCAAGACGAAGGGACACUCGAAAAAGUCAACAGCACCACAAAGACGCCCAUCCGUGGCUCGAUCACCGUGGACGCGACCGAAGCUGCCCAAAACCAGCGCCGGCGCAUCGUCGACAUCGACCACUCUAUUCCCAUGCAUUCAUACAAGAAGCGUUUCGCCCUGUACACACCGGACAGUCCGUCCACCGAAACCAGGAGCGUCUGGGCACACAUCUACCAACCAUUCCAGAUCCUCUGCACCUUCCCGGCCGUCAUGUUCACCGCCCUGCAGUAUGGAUUUCUCAUCGCCAUGCUGGCGGUCCUCGCCGUCACUCAAGCGAGCCUGUAUCCCUUUGAGCCCUACAAUUUCAGUGCUGCUGGCGUCGGCAACAUGAACAUUCCGCCCGCCAUCGGUGCCAUCAUCGGCUCGGUCUUCGGCGGCCCGAUCAACGAUUACUUCAUCGUCCAGGUGGCCAAGCGACGAGGCGGUAUCUACGAGCCCGAGACGAGAUUGUGGCUGUUUCUGAUUCCCGGCUUCUGCAUGCCGAUCGGCCUGUUCAUGUACGGACUGACCAUCUCGAAGGGCAUGGCAUGGCAAAUCAACGCCGUGGGCGCCGGCUUCAUCGGCGCCGCGAUCGGUGGGUGUGGCGACAUCUCUCUCACUUACUGCCAGGACUGCUACCAAUACAUCCUCGGCGACGCACUGACAUCCGUGGUGUUCGUGCGCAACAUUAUUUCGACGGGGCUGGUCUUCGCCAUCACGCCCUGGAUGGAGGGCAUGGGCGUCUACAACAUGUUUGUGCUGCUCGGCUGCCUUUCGAUUGCCGUCGCGCUCACGUCCGUGCCCCUCAUGAUCUGGGGACGAAGCUGGAGGGCGAGGUUGGCGGGUAGGUAUGAGUAUUUCGUCUCGAAGCAGUUCUGA